AUGGAUUUCUUCAGAGAUGAUAAAGAUGAGGUUCCUGUAGUUGUCAGAGACAGGAGACACAAGGUCGACAAACAAGGAACAACGUUUGAAUGCUUCAAGAGGAAAACAACAUUUCAAGUCAUCAGGAAUUUCUACUUUAACACAAAAACAUGCUUCUAUUCCUCUCGUCUAGUUCAUAGUCUUGAUCCAUGCCUCCAUUAUAAUUCACAUGACGAUCCUCACAGAAGUGCGUUAUUUCAACCAGAAUCAACAGACAAGGAGAACUGUGACCAUCAAAUGAAAGAAGGUUGGUAUGUUUUUAAUGGAGGGAAUGACACAAUUCCUAAUCACUGCGUUACGAAAUACCACUGUGGUACCAAGUUCCCAGUUUGGAUGAAGGGUCAAUUGCCAUCUGUGAGGGAUGGGGUCGUAAACAGACAUGGUUGCAUUGCGCUCACCCACUCUACCAAUGUUCUUUGCUGCGAGAUUGUUCUUGACAUGAAAGUCAAAAACUGUGGAUCUUUCUACGUGUAUUACCUUAAACCAACGCCAUUUUGCCCCGCUGCGUACUGUGCAGGGGAGACAUACACGUGCAAUGUUGGGAAUUCUGGAGGACAAUGCAAAGAUCUCUAUCCCAAAAUGACCAGCUUUCCUGUGCUCAGAAAACCGGAAAUUGUUUUGAAUACAACGGUCAGGUUCCCGUGUGAUGUGCAAUAUCCUCCUGGUCAACCGGAUGUUGGGUUUGAAGUCACGUGGACUGUUGAUGGCCAAACAUUGGUGGAUCCUGACACAGGGACACUAAUUGUCGAACAUCUCACCGGCGACUCAAGAACAGUAUACCUUGAUUACAAUAAGUUGAAAGGAAACUUCGGCAAAACGUUGAAGUGUAGGGUCCGUAGCUACUACACAAACACUACAAUUAUCAAGAGCGACAGCAUCACAAGUGAUGGAUACUACUGUGGAAUCAAGGUCCUAACAGAAAAAAUCGUUGUGGAUGAAAAAGGCCCGGAGAAGACGGUCCAGGUGGAGUCCACAAUUCCGGUUCCGUGCAACACUGCGCACAUAGACGAAUGUAAAAUAAGCUUCAGUGUGGAUACACACACUAAAGAUGCCAUGUUUUCAACCUGUAGCUAUGAUAUCAAACUUGACCCCGUGACCGGAAGAUACCUGGGAUCAUUUAAAGUGACAGCCACAAAGGACUUUGUUAGCGAUGGAACUCAAACACACGAAGUUUCGUUUAAGCCAAUCGUUGACUUCAAUCAUCCAGUAUGGAUGGGCUAUAACGUACAUCCAAUCCAUGUGACAACAGUAAGCAGUGAGCAUGGCCACUGUAACGCCCACGGGGAUCCCCACGUAAUAGGAAUGGACCAUAAAAGGAACACCAACGUUUAUGUUACUGGUGAAAUGACACUGUAUGAAUGCAAAUCAGCCAGCAAUCCUCUGCAGGUCCAGGUGAAGACAUGGCCUUGUGGGAAUUAUCACCCCUGUAUAUGUGCUCUGGUUGCUAGAGAGGGUAACGACGCCGUACAAAUUGAUAUGUGUGAGAGACGAAGGAACAAACAUGCUGUACCGGAAGUCACGAUUUUAUCCGAACGUGGACUAAAUGGAACCACGCUGUCUAGGGACCAAAGUGGAAAGAGCUUCUUCAUUAACUUUCCAUCCGGUGCACGCGUCUUUGCCAGUACCUAUGUACUGAGCCCCCACGGUCAUCCACAUGAAAAGGACGGAAUGAUUAAUGUAGAUAUUCAGGCCCCUCCUGACAAUAAAGGAUGUGGUCAAGGAAUAUGUGGCCUUUGGAACGACAAUCCCAAUGACGAUCUAGUAGGGGCUGACGGAAGACAUUACUCACAUAAGCAGGUCACCGAGUUUGCCAACACAUGGCGAGUUAAAUCAUCAGAGAGACUUUUUAACCAAAUCCUCAGCUAUCAGCCUUUUUAUUCCACCCAACAUACGUACUGCACCUGUAGUAAUGGAAGAGUUGAUUGCACCAAAAAAUCAAAAAACCCAAAUAAAAAUAAUUGCAAUGGAAAAUGUAAAUCUGUGAGAGCAUCCAAAUUAAAUAGACACCGCUACAGACGUUAUUCUGAUGAUGACUUAGACGGCGAAGAAGCAGUCGAUGACGUCAUCACACAGAAGAGAGAAAACUUUAACUACAAACCACGCGAUGUGUUCCCCACCGGAACAGGAAUUAACGAAACACAGGCAAAGAAGGUUUGUGUUGAUGGUCUUGGAAAAUCCACUCUGUACACCCGCUGUCAUCAUGAACCGGGAAUGAAUAUAACAGCACUCAUUGACUCCUGUAUGGAGGAUGUAAAGGCCUCCGGAAGUGAUUUGUUCCUUGUCACACAAAUGGCCGCAUUCGAUAGCUGGUGUCAAAACGAGGCUAUGAAGAACAUAUCAAACUACAAAAAGAGCCCAGAUGGAGAUUUGAUUCCCCCUCUCGACGUCACGGACCACGUUUGUCCUAAUCAGUGCAGUCAGAGAGGGACUUGCCUUUUUGGUCAAUGUAAAUGUGCCCCGGGAUACACAGCUGUAGACUGCAGUGUCAAGUCAAAUGAACCACCAAACAUUGUUCGUAUCAGAGGUGAUGGAUUGUGUGACAUAAGGAAAAGAUUCUGUGUAAGGACGAAUGUUCUUGCUGAGAAUAUAAUGGAAACUGAGAAGAUGACAUGUCGUUUCCAACCAUUGACAGGUUCAGGAACCCUGAAAAUUGUACCUGCUGAGCUUGUGUCAGCUUGGGAGAUCCUCUGUCCAGUGCCUGUCCACUACGAUGCUCAUACAGGAAGAACGCUGCAGCAGUACAAUGUCUCUAUCUCAUUAGACAAUACUACCUUUAGCAAUGAACAAACAUACACAGUGUACGACUCCGUUUGUCAACAGUGUGACGUCACAGGACAAUGUCUUUUUAAGAAAGACGCUUGCUUGAUUGAUGGAAACUGCUUCCAAUCGGGUUACCUUAAUGAACAGCACAAUAAAGUUUGUAAUCCAUCUCAGUCGCAGUACCAGUGGUCAAGUCCAGAACUGGAUCAUUAUACUGCCAUUAGCUUCGGCUGUCAAUGUCAACACGAGCAGUCCAGUUACAACUGCGCAUGCUGUAGAAACGGUGGUUGUCAGUGUCCGAGGAAUCCGAACAAAUGUGGCAACUGUCACCACUUAGACUGCUAAUGUGGCAACUGUCACCACUUAGACUACUAAUGUGCAAUUAGUUAUCAACUUAAAUCUACCAAAUAUACAUGUAUACAAUU